UUGGCAGAAUGACACAUGUUGAGACAAAGGGUCAAAGUUCACAGAGCGAAAACACUACCAGCCUCGCAACUGCAGCUAGCGAUCAGAACAAACUUUGGCUAUCCCCAGGAGAAGAUAAUCUUUCGUCUCCUUACAGAUGGGGAGAAGACGCUUUUCUGGCUUAGGGGUGACCCUAAUGGAUCUGUUCAUGCCGAUGACCGCAACUGCAGUCACCUUUUUAAUUCUGUCUGCCACCACAGUAUCUGCUGUCAAAGAGGGAGGAACUAAAGCAUUUGUCGCUACUUGUCCCAACAUUCCUCUGGGCGAGAGAGUAGACUGCUUCCCUGAUCCUGGAGCUUCCCAGGCGAAAUGUGAGGCGCGUGGAUGCUGUUGGAGCCCACGGGAUGAGAGUAACGUUCCCUGGUGUUUCUUCCCAACCAACCAUGGAUACACGGUGGAAUCACAGGACUCAUCAAGUCCUUACGUUCUGAAAGCAAACCUGCUAAGAAUGGACUCUCCGUCUUUAUUCGGUGGGGAGAUAAAACAACUGGCGCUUGAGGCAGAAAUGCAGACAAACAAUCGUCUCCGAUUUAAGAUCUACGAUCCCAACAGUAACCGAUUCGAGGUCCCCCAUGAACACAUCAGCAGCCUUCCCAGUAACCCAUCCAUUCCCAUCAGCAGCACACUGCAGGUCACACAGAAACCCUUUGGCCUUACUGUGCGUAGGAAGGAGAACCAGAAAGUUGUGUUCGACACCACAAUCGCUCCACUGGUGUUUGAAGAUCAGUACAUACAGCUGUCUGCCAGACUUCCAUCUCAUAAUAUUUACGGCCUCGGGGAGCACGUCCACAGGCAGUAUCGCCAUGACACCAACUGGAAAACCUGGCCAAUUUUCAGCAGAGACUCUUUCCCUAAUGGGGGAACAAACAACCUCUAUGGACACUAUCCCUUCUUCCUCUGUCUGGAAGAUGAGAGUGGAAAGUCAUUCGGGGUCUUUCUCUUGAACAGCAAUGCCAUGGAUGUGACACUGCAGCCUGCCCCAGCUGUGACCUACAGGACAAUUGGAGGGCUUCUUGACUUCUACAUUGUCUUUGGUGACACACCGGAACAAGUGGUGCAGGAGUUCCUUGAGCUCACUGGCAGGCCCGUCAUGCCUCCCUACUGGUCACUGGGAUUCCAGCUUUCUCGGUGGAACUACACCAACCUCGACAUAGUCAAGGAAACAGUGGAGAGAAACCGUGCCGUGGGCCUCCCAUAUGAUGUCCAAUACACAGACAUAGACUAUAUGGAGAAUAAAAAAGACUUCACCUAUGACAAGCUUAACUACACUGAACUUCCUCGGUUUGCUGACUAUCUCCAUGAGAGGGGGCAGAAAUACAUCCUUAUCCUGGAUCCUGCAAUAGCCACCAGCAAGAGGGUUGGAGAUGCUCCAUAUGAGUCUUAUGACCGUGGGACUGCGAAGAAUGCUUGGGUCACUGAAUCAGAUGGGAAGACUCCUCUGAUAGGAGAGGUGUGGCCAGGGGAGACUGUAUUUCCAGACUACACCAACCCCAACUGCAUCGAUUGGUGGGUGGAUGAGUACGAGCGGUUCUCCAAGGAGGUCAAACAUGACGCACUUUGGAUUGACAUGAAUGAGGUUGCUAAUUUCAAGCAAGGAUCAGCAAAGGGCUGUGAUGUUAACAAACUCAACUACCCUCCCUACAUUCCAAAAAUUUUGGAUGACCUCAUGUACAGUAAAACUCUGUGUAUGGAUGCCAAGCAAACCUGGGGCGACCACUAUGAUGUCCACAGUCUGUAUGGCUACUCUAUGGUCCUGGCUACUAAGAAAGCUAUGGACCGCGUGUUUGGAGAAAACCGCUCCAUGAUGUUGACCCGCUCUUCCUUUCCAGGUGUGGGGAAAUAUUCAGGUCACUGGCUAGGUGACAAUGCUGCCACCUGGAAUGACAUGAAAUGGGCUAUCCCUGGCAUGCUGGAGUUUGGGCUCUUUGGAAUACCCUAUAUCGGAGCUGACAUCUGUGGUUUCUUUGACGAUUCCCCUGAAGAGUUGUGCCGUCGCUGGAUGCAGGUCGGCGCUUUCUAUCCCUUCAGUCGGAACCACAACGCUGAGGGCUACAAGCCUCAGGAUCCAGCUGCAUAUGGCGCUGACUCAGUACUGGUGGCGAGUUCUAAACAUUACCUGACGAUACGUUACACACUUCUGCCUUACCUCUACACAAUGUUCUACAAAGCCCACACCACAGGGGAAACUGUUGUACGUCCUGUCAUGCAUGAAUUCUACUCUGAUAGUGAAACCUGGACAGUGGAUCGCCAGUUCCUUUGGGGAAAACACCUGCUCAUCACACCUGUACUGGAUCCUGGCGUAGACGUGGUGUGGGGAUAUAUACCAGAUGCUUUGUGGUAUGACUACGAGUCGAUGCAAAAGCUAACAGUCCGCAAAACGCACAUGGAAAUGUAUCUACCAGCUGACAAGCUUGGAUUACACAUCAGAGGUGGAGCUAUCCUCCCCACACAGGAACCUGAAGUCACCACCACAUACAGCCGGCGUAACCCAAUGGGUUUGCUCAUUGCUCCUGAUGACAACGGCAAUGCAGAUGGGGAACUAUUUUGGGAUGAUGGAGAUUCCAGAGAUACAAUUGAGAAUGGCAACUACAUCCACUACAAGUUCUCUCUUAACCAGGGAGUUCUGACUAUGCAGGUGACCCAUGCCGGUUACAAUGAUCCGAACGAUCUGAAGUUUGACAACAUCACUAUCCUUGGAAUAUCCGUUCCUCCUGUGUCCAUCUCUGUGACUCAUGUUGGCACCACAAACUCUACUACCACAUUAGAACCCAGCAACAUCCACCACGAUGGAGACAAGAAGGUGCUCUUCCUGCGUGACCUCAGACUGACCCUCGGGGAGACCUACGUGUUGGAGUGGAACGUGAUACGCAUCGACUGCCAUCCAGAGGAAAAUGCGGAUCAGGCUAACUGCGAGGCCAGAGGCUGCGUCUGGGAUCCAAUUACCAGUGGACAAGGCCCAUGGUGCAUCUAUCCUCAAGACUAUGGUUACACUGUCACGUCACUAAGGGAAAGAAGCUCGGGCUUGACACUUGACAUCACUCGGAACAGGAAGUACAGGAGCAGCGGUCGUCCACAGUCACGGGAUAUUGACACACUCCGUGUUGAGAUUAAUUAUCACACCGGUGAAAUGCUGCAGUUCAAGAUCUUUGACCCAAACACAAAGCGCUAUGAGGUACCAGUGGGAUUGUCAGUUCCUGCCACUCCUGAGACUGAUGAGAACAAGAGGCUUUACAAGGUCGCCAUUGUGAACGAACCAUUCGGCAUCCAGGUCAUUAGGAAAAGCACGGGAACCGUAAUCUGGGAUUCGUCUGUGCCAGGCUUUACCUUCUCAGACAUGUUCAUCCAAGUGUCAACUAGGCUGCCAUCUCAGUAUGUUUAUGGUUUUGGGGAAACAGAGCAUCUCACUUACAAGCAUGAUCUCAACUAUCACACCUGGGGCAUGUUUGCCAAGGACCAACCUCCUGGCUACAAGAUGAAUUGCUAUGGAGUCCAUCCCUUCUACAUGGGCCUUGAGAACACAGCUGAUGCUCACGGUGUGCUGCUGCUAAACAGCAAUGCAAUGGAUGUGACCUUCCUGCCUGAUCCAGCUUUAACCUACCGAACUCUGGGUGGCAUCCUGGAUUUCUACAUGGUCCUGGGACCUACGCCUGAGAUGGUGGUGCAGGAGUACACUGAGUUGAUUGGACGACCUGUUCUACCUGCCUAUUGGUCUCUUGGGUUCCAACUCUGUCGCUAUGGUUACGCCAAUGACAAGGAAAUAGCAGACUUGUACAAAGAGAUGAGGGCAGCUGGUAUACCCUAUGAUGUGCAGUAUGCAGACAUUGACUACAUGGAGCGUCAGCUGGACUUUGUCCUGGACUCAGAGUUUAAAGGACUGCCUGCCCUCGUUGACAGCAUGAGAGAAGAGGGCAUGAGAUUCAUCUUCAUCCUGGAUCCCGCCAUCUCGGGCAAUGAGACCCAGCCCUACCCAGCCUUUGAGAGAGGCAAAGCAGCAGAUGUUUUCAUCAAGUGGCCCAAACACAUCAGUGAUGGAAUUGUGUGGGGCAAGGUCUGGCCUGAUUACCCCAACGUUAUAGUAGAUGAGAAUCUGGACUGGGAUACCCAAGUGCAGCUCUACAGGUCAUACACCGCAUUCCCAGACUUCUUCCGGCCACAAACAGCACAGUGGUGGCACCACGAAAUCAAAGAGUUCUACGAGAAAACGAUGAAGUUCGAUGGCCUUUGGAUCGACAUGAAUGAACCUGCCAGUUUUGUCCACGGGACAGUUAAUGGGAACUGUCUUGGUGAUCCAAAACUAGAGAACCCACCAUAUAUGCCACCCUUGGAGUCCAAACAUCUUGGCUUAAACCAUAAGACUCUGUGCAUGAACAGUGAACAGAUACUCAGUGAUGGAACGAGAGUCAGACACUAUGAUGUCCAUAACCUGUACGGAUGGUCGCACACCAAGCCAACCUAUGAUGCCGUUCUAGACGUGACUGGUAAAAGAGGCAUAGUGGUCACCAGGUCCACCUACCCCUCUAGUGGAAAAUGGGCUGGACAUUGGCUCGGAGACAACAAUGCCAGCUGGGACCAGCUUUACAAAUCCAUUAUUGGUAUGAUGGAAUUCAGUCUGUUUGGAAUCUCUUAUACCGGGGCAGACAUUUGCGGGUUCUUUAAUAAGGCUGACUAUGAGAUGUGUCUCCGUUGGAUGCAGCUGGGUGCUUUCUAUCCAUACUCACGCAACCACAAUGGCAAGGGCAACCCGAGACAAGAUCCUGUUGCUUGGGAUAAACCAUUCGCCGAUGCAAGCCGGGAUGUCCUGAACAUCCGUUACACCCUCCUGCCCUAUCUGUACACUCUGAUGUAUGAGGCACAUACAAAAGGAAACACAGUGAUCAGACCACUUUUGCACGAGUUUGUGGACGACAAAACUACAUGGGAAAUCUACAAACAGUUCCUUUGGGGACCUGCCCUACUUAUCAGCCCUGCACUUGACCCGGGAGUCACAAAUGUGAAUGGCUAUCUUCCCAACGCACGCUGGUAUGACUACCACACAGCCAGAGAUGUUGGAGUGCGUGGCCAAAUGAUUGACAUGCCGACACCCUUGGACCAUAUUAACCUGCACAUCAGAGGAGGAUACAUCUUACCCUGGCAGAAACCCGAGAACACUACAUACUACAGCCGGAAGAAUCCUCUAGGCCUGAUCGUCCCUCUGAGUGACAGCGGCACCGCUGAAGGAUCCUUAUUCUGGGAUGAUGGCGAGGGAAUUGACACGGUGGAGACCAACAAAUAUCUUCUGAUCUCAUUUUCAGCACAGUCGAACACCUUGUCCAGUCAGGUGACCCACAAUGGUCUGGCUACUGGUGAUCGGCUGAAGCUGGGUGUCGUGAAGGUUUGGGGUGCAGGCAGUACUAAGAUCACAGAGGUUACCCUGACUGUAGCUGGAGUGGCACAUAAUCUCACCCCAGAGCACAACGUUGACUCCCAGGAGCUGAUUAUUGAUACCACUUCAAAGGAUGUUUAUGUGGAUCAGCCUUUCAUCAUAACAUGGCAAACCAGUGUCUGAGUGCGCUAUUUGUGUUGAUCUGUAAAAAAUUGAGAUAUCUAUGACUAAUGAUGGAGUAAUUUAAAUUAAGAAGUGAAUAUAGUGCAUUGUCUCUGAACAUGAAAUGUGAAACCUCAGUUUGUACCAACUACAAGAGUGAAACCCUCCUGUUUACCACUGUUCUGCGCUUCUAAGUAAACAUCAAGCUAUAUUUCAGAACAUUAUCCCAUUCACCAACUGCUGUUGUUAAAAUGUGCGAUACUGCAGAAUCAGUGAUAAGAAUAGGGGUUUAGCUGCUUGGGUUAAAUAAAUCCAAGUGCAUUAACUGUAUGUAUUUGCCAUCAUUUGCAUUUCUGUUCUGAUAAACAAGCCACAAAUAAAUCAAGCAACUAAAAGUC